GUAUCACUGAAAUCAAAGAUGUCAUAAGUGAAUCCUCAAUGGAACCAGAAGCUGAAGACUUAAAGAACAUGGAUCGAUCAGCCGCUUGGUCAGGCUCCGAUGGAUCUCAAGAACAUAGCAUGCCAGAAUAUUUGGCAGAGUCCGAUAAUGAAGAUGAUGUCAGUGAUGCAGAGAGAAGUUUUAACCCACAGAUGUCUCCUUUCCCACGGUCUAAUGCAGAGUCUCCAGAAUUGAAAUCUAAACAGAAAUUGUUUGACUUAAGUGUUUGUGACAAGGAAGGUUCAUACCCAGAAGAGGAUGAAAUCAACCCUAAUGAAUCAGGAGAGACAAUGACAAAGUCUACACAUAUCAAAGCCUCACCAACUUCUAUAUCCUCAAAACCAGAAUGCCAUGACCCUCAAUCUCACUGUGGCCAGAAGCCAAGACCUUGCUCAAUUUCCUCUUCCUCCUCCCUUGGUUUUGAUCCUAAAAUGACCCGAGCCUUGACCCUGACCACAGAUGAACCCCCAGGGGCCAUUAAUAGGCCGGUCGCAGGGACAGGGAACAGGAGGUUUGAAUCUUCAGAGGAAGGAGGGAGCAGUGAAGCGCCUCCUGCUGCAGUCUUCUUUGGAAUCUCAGAUGAGGGUGCUGAGCAGCCACAGAAGUGGAACCUAGAAUCUGAAGUUGAUCUGUGCAGACCGGACAGCCACGGGACAAGGUGUACACGAUUUGGUCAAGAUGAGAGCCAAUCCCAAAGACAGGUCAAAGAGACCAAGUCCAAAUGCAAGAGAAUUGCUCGCCUUUUAACUGAUGCACCCAACCCUCAAAAUAAGGGAGCCUUGCUGUUCAAAAAACGCCGCCAACGGGUGGAGAAGUACACACUUGUUAGUUACGGGACUGGUGACAGAAAGUUUGACGGAGAAGGCCAUUUGGAAGGAGAAGAAGCUGAGGAAGUCAGUACAGCCGGGUAUAACUUUGUCGCUGCCAGCGAUUCUGAGUUUGAAGAGGAGUAUUCUGUAUACCGUCGGCAACAGGAUUUAAGUCAAAAUUGGGAAAGUGUUAAAGAAAUGGAAGUGUUACCCGCAACAAAAGGGAAGGGAGUUAUGAUGUUUGCACGCCGUAGCAAACGUAUGGAUGAAAUUGUGUCACGGCAAGAACUCUGCAGUAAAGAAUUACAUUUGGACGCUAUGUCAGAACCCGCGAAAGCAAACAGUACCUAUGACACAAGAGAAAUGUACGAUCAUUCUGAUCGUAAUAACUACAUGGACAGACACAUUCAACAAAUGAACCAACAAAGAUCUUUGGUUGCAAAUAGAACAGCAAAGCCCUUUUUGGGAUUCCAAAUAAGGCCAGCUGACCACACAAAUCCUUCUGGUGUCUUUCCAGGGAGAGAGAAAUCGCAGCCAAAAUUUAAGAUACCUGUUCCUAUUAUUUCAAGUCCGCAGGUUUGGUCCCCAACUGGGGACAUCAUAGCCUCCAGAGAUGAGCGGAUAUCUGUGCCAGCAAUAAAGACCUGCAACCUUCCAGAGUUAAGGCGUAAACAGACGUCGAAACAAAGAUCAAACCCUCGUUAUCAAAACAUAGGACAAAGCACGGCUUAUGUGGAGUCUGAAGAAGACUGUUUUAGCCUCGGCGCUGAAGCUUGUAACUUUAUGCAACCCCGACCUAUUAAACUCAAGAAUCCACCCCCGGUUGCACCAAAGCCUGCCAUCAACCCCAAAUGUCCACCUUGGCGUAGAGGUCCUCCUAGCGAACCCUGUAUUCCAACAAAAAAUGCAGGUUCUCAGUCUUCCAACACUCCUGUGAGACAUCAGGGCCAGCACCGGCACUUCCAACAGGAUUGGGCUCAAACUCAAAAGUCGGCCAACUGCUGGGAAGCAGAUCAAGCACCCACAACAAUUCAAACACCUGCCGUUGGCAAGACAUUGGUCAGCUCCUCUCCUCAGCCUCGUCUUCAGGCAACCACAAAUAGCUGGGGAAAUCAACUCCCAAAACCUUCUGUGAGUAUGCAGUCCUACAGUCCUACUUACAGUCCACUUCACACACAGUCAAGGAGUACUCAAGACAGCGCUCCGAGUUCUGUUGCCUCUUGCCCACCAAAACCUGUUAAAUCAUUCGCACCAAAGAUAUCACUGGCUCCUCUAAGAGAUCAAGUCUCGGGUAGAAGUUAUGAUAGAUCUGGUGCUGCUCAGACCAUGACAGAGAAAGGAUUGCUUUCCAAAAGGCAGUCCAGAACGGAAGAGGUUAGUGGCGGUCAAACAACAAACCAGACAAGAUCCUCCUCUCCAACAUUGUCUUUACCCAAUUCCUGGAGAUAUUCGUCUAAUAUUCGGGCACCACCUCCUUUAUCUUACAAUCCCCUUCACACCCCUUUUUAUACUCCACCAGCAGUGAAAAAAUUCCCCUCAAGUUCCAAAGAGAAGCCUAGAUCCUCCCCAAAGCACCUCAACACGUUAGAAAUCAUGAAACACCAGCCGCAUCAUUUGGACUCAUCACUGUUCGGGUAUGAUGCGGCCAUAGAGCUUAAAAUCCCCGGCGCCAAACCUUCACUGCCUUCAAAGUUUGACAUUACCCAAAAACUCAAACAAAGAUCUACUCAUUCUGACUCUCCGAAUAUCUCUGAGCUUGAUUUUGAAAGCAAGUCAGAAGCCUCUGCUAAGUCCUUUGGAGCGGGACUUGGUAGAAGCAGCUUCCUCAGCCUUCCCAGACGCCACACAGGUGGAUUUAAGUUACCCGUCAGCACAGAAGGAUGUCGUUCUCCAACACGUCAGCACCAAGCAGCCUACAAGCCGCCCACACCUUGGGAGGCGGCAUCCAGAUGCCCCUUCGGUUCGGUGGACGACGCCUUCUUCUCCCAGAGUGUGGUUGCGUCGCAGGUCCGAGACGCAGGGCCCCGCGGGUCUCUGCCGGAGCCGCCUGAGGAAUGGAAGCGUAGGGUGUCGCUUGAUCCUCCGCUUGUCAGUCAGGGUUACUGCGGUCUAACCCCAGCUUAUCUGGCAGGGUCCAUGAGGAUGAAGUGUACGUCUGGGAAAACAGCAGAAUAUGGGCCUCUUAGACCGGCCCAGCCGCUAAAGUCUGCAGUCAGGGCCCAGACUUACAAACCCCGUUUCCAUAUGAGUUGGGAAAUUGUGUUAGUUGUAAAUAUAAACGGAAUGCACUGAUUUGCAAAUCAUUUUCAAGCCAUAUGCAUUUGAAUAUGCUACAAAGACAGCAUGUUUGAUGUUCAAACUGAUAAACAUUUUUUUUUUGCAAAUAAUCAUAAACUUUAGAAUUUGAUGCCAGCAACACGUGACAAAGAAGUUGGGAAAGGUGGCAAUACAUACGGAUAAAGUUGAGGAAUGCUCAUCAAACACUUAUUUGGAACAUCCCACGGGUGUGUAGGACAAUUGGGAAAUGGUGGGAGCCAUGAUUGGGUAUAAAAACAGCUUCCAGAAAAAUACUCAGUCUUUCACAAGAAAGGAUGGGGCGAGGUACACCCCUUUGUCCACAACUGCGUAGGCUAAUAGUCAAACGGUUUAACAAAAAAAGUUUCUCAAAGUGCAAUUACAAGAAAUUUAGGGAUUUCAACAUCUACGGUCCAUAAUAUCAUCAAAAGGUUCAGAGAAUCUGGAGAAAUCACUCCACGUAAGCGGCGUGGCCGGAAACCAACAUUGAUUGACCGUGACCUUCGAUCCCUCAGAUGGCACUGUAUCAAAAACAGACAUCAAUCUCUAUAGGAUAUCACCACAUGGGCUCAGGAACACUUCAGAAAACCACUGUCACUAAACACAGUUUGUCGCUACAUCUUUAAGUGCAAGUUAAAGCUCUACUAUGCAAAGCGAAAGCCAUUUAUCAACAACAUCCAGAAACACCGGCGGCUUCUCUAGGCCCGAGAUCUUUUAAGAUGAGCUGAUGCAAAGUGGAAAAGUGUUCUGUGGUCUGACGAGUCCCACAUUUCAAAUUGUUUUUGGAAAUAUUCGACAUUGUGUCAUCCGGACCAGAGGGGAAGCGAACCAUCCAGACUAUUAUCGACGCAAAGUUCAAAAGCCAGCAUCUGUGAUGGUAUGGGGGUGCAUUAGUGCCCAAGGCAUGGGUAACUUACACAUCUGUGAAGGCCCCAUUAAUGCUGAAAGGUACAUACAGGUUUUGGAACAACAUAUGCUGCCAUCUAAGCGCCGUCUUUUACAUGCUUUUUUCAGCAAGACAAUGCCAAGCCACAUUCAGCACGUGUUACAACAGCGUGGUUUUGUAAAAAAAGAAUGCGGGUACUUUCCUGGCCCACCUGCAGUCCAAACCUGUCUCCCAUCGAAAAUGUGUGGGGUAUUAUGAAGCGUAAAAUACGACAGCGGAGACCCCGGACUGUUGAACAACUGAAGCUAAACAUAAAACAUGAAUGGGAAAGAAUUCCACUUUCAAAGCUUCAGCAAUUAGUUUCCUCAGUUCCCAAAUGUUUAUUGAGUGUUGUUAAAAUAAAAGGUGAUGUAACACAGUGGUGAACAUGCCCUUUCCCAACUACUUUGGCACGUGUUGCAGCCAUGAACUUCUUAAUUAUUAUUUGCAAAAAAAUAAAAAAAGUUUAUGAGUUUGAACAUCAAAUAUCUUGUCUUUGUUGUGCAUUCAACUGAAUAUGGGUUGAAAAGGAUUUGCAAAUCAUUGUAUUCCGUUUAUAUUUACAUCUAACACAAUUUCCCAACUCAUAUGGAAACGGGGUUUGUGUAGAAAACACAUCCAACUCUGGUCGAACCAACUUCCAGCCCUUGUCUUGAGCAGUGCAACACAUUUGAAUGAGGAGAAAUACACACUAUAGCAGACCUGGGCAAAUUAAGGCCCGGGGCCACAUGCGGGCCGUUAAGCUUUUCAAUCUGGCCCAGCCGGACAUUCCCAAAUAAUUUUUUUUAGAUCUCUAAGAUGGAAAGUGUAGCUGCCAUUAUGAUGUGCAGUGAUCUUUUACAAAUGACCGCAAGUCUUGAACUAUACAACAUAUUUCCAUGGCUGGGAUCUGCGGUUUUGCAUGAUAUACUAGUUACUAUGGUAAUGUAAUCAGUUACUGUUGUCAUAUAAUUAGUUACUAUGGUCAUCUAAUUAGUUACUUUGGUCAUCUAAGUCACAACAGUUCAGACGAGGCACCAAGCAGUGUGGGUUUGGGAGCGUUUCCACAUAGUGUUUCCAGAGCGGCCAGCCUAUAAUGCGGGUGUCAGGGACAGACAUUUUUACAACAACACGCUAAAGCUUAAUGAUGUAUCAAAUUGUAAGUUUUUUUGUUUUUUUUACCUUUUGCGUUAAUGUUUUUGUUGCGUUUCGCUUGAUGGCAAAAUAUGUCGAUCGAGAAGGGGUGUGACGUUCAUACGUUGUCAAUAUUCAAUGUUUUAUCGUUCAUAGUUAAUAUUGUAAAUUCCACAUUCUUUAUUUUCAUGUACAUUCUGGGUGUCUCAUUCAGUAAAAAAAAAAAAAAAAAAAAGUAAAAUUCCAUUCCGUUUUUUAAGGCGGUCUGUCAUAACGUUUUCAGCACUCAGACAUUAUUGUGAGGUUUUGUAUUAGUGUUCCUAAAAAUAGAUAAACCAGCCACCAGACACAUUUUUCUCUAAAUUUGGCCCCCUGAGUCAAAAUAAUUGCCCAGGCCUGCACUAUAGUAUAAGAAAUGAGAAUAGUUUAAAGUUAAAGUCCCGCCGAUAGUCUCACACACACACACACACACACACACACACACACACACACACACACACACACACACACACACACACACACACACACGCACACACACACACACGCACACACACACACGCACACACACACACACACACUAGGUGUGGUGAAAUUACCCU